AUGGCAUCAAGUCUAGUACAUUUACCAGAGAUUGAGCGUGUCAGCUCGAGAGUAAUCAGAAUACUAGGCGGCAACCCAGGAAAAUUUACUCUCCAAGGAACAAACACAUACCUAGUCGGCCAAGGACCAACCCGCAUCCUAAUCGACACAGGCGAAGGCAAACCCGCCUGGCUGACCUCCCUAAAGCACCUCCUGUCUGCAGAAAAAGCCUCCAUCUCCAAAGUAAUCCUCACCCACUGGCAUCCCGACCACGUAGGAGGUAUCCCCGACCUACUUUCCCUCUACCCAAACGUCCCCGUCUACAAAAACCAAGCAGACAAAGGCCAACAGGAAAUCAGCAAUGGUCAAGUGUUCAACAUCCAAGGCGCUACAUUGAAAGCUUUCCACUGUCCGGGCCAUACAACAGAUCACAUGGCGUUGGUCCUAGAAGAGGAAAAUGCAAUGUUUACAGGUGACAAUGUGUUGGGUCAAGGCACGGCUGUAUUCGAAGACUUGAGCGCCUACAUGGACAGUUUGCAAAAGAUGCAACAUGAAUUUUCUGGACGUGCGUAUCCUGGUCAUGGCCCUGUGAUUGAAGAUGGCAAAGCCAAGAUUCGGGAAUACAUUCGACACAGACAAGAGAGAGAAGAGCAGAUUGUGGAUGUUUUGGGAAGAGAGACCGAGGAAGGGAAGAAUGGGUGGCAGUCGAUGGAUUUGGUAAAGGUCAUCUAUAAAGGAUAUCCCGAGAAUUUGCAUGCACCGGCCGAGAGAGGUGUUUUGCAAGUCUUGGACAAGUUGAAGAAGGAAGGAAAAGUCCACGAGGAUGACGGAGCAUGGUUCUUGCAGUCCAAGUCUGCUUUGUGA